AGCUUGGAACUGGGCUCCCUUCUCCGGACCCGGCAGCCGGAAAUUGUGCGGAACGCCUCACAAAUUCCGCAGAUCUACUCGUGAGACACGAUUUCCCUUUCUGCCCUUGUGCGCGUGUGUAUGAUCCCAGCGGCCGUGUUAUGAUUUCGGGCAGGAGUUACUCAAUCUCGUGCAGUUUUGGGUAAUUUUGCCAAGAAUUUGGAUCGCUGCUGUGUGAGCAGAGGUGUUGGUGAAGACGAAGUAGAGGAAGGAGAAGGUGGGUUUAUCUGCUGAAGACUGGAGUGCAGAGAAGCCUUGGCGUCAUUUCGUUGUUGCAGUUCGAGGCAGAGGAGGGAGAAGGACGUUCUUGGUUGCGAAUGGAUGGUGCACGGGUCGAGAAUGCGACCCGAUCCUGAUCACAAUGUUCAAGUAUUAAGCUUCGCAUCUUGGGGUCUCAUGAUUUUGUGAAAUCGUGGAGACAAUUGCUGAAGUUCUUUUCGUUGUUCUGUGCCGAGGGUUGCAUUGUGGGAGAAUAGUGUAAGUUUUUAUCCAAAAUGUCGAAACCGUCGGGGAUGAUAGCAGGUGUUAGCCCGGCAACCGUGACUGUGGUGCUCGGCUAUGCGAUCUGCUCCAGCUUGCUCUCCGUGAUUAACAAAUACGCUGUCACGUAUUUUCCUUAUCCUGCGCUUCUCACAGCCCUGCAAUACUUUACAUCAGUGGUUGGUGUGGUCGUGGCGGGGCGGAUCGGCGUGAUCUCGCACAACAAAUUUGUCUGGAACACGGCCAAAAAAUUCUUCCCUGCCGCCCUCGUUUUCUACCUGGCCAUCUUUGCCAACACAAAUCUUCUCAAACACGCAAACGUUGACACAUUCAUCGUGUUCCGUUCUACGACGCCGUUGCUGGUCGCCAUUGCCGACACGGUGUUCCGAAAGCAACCCUUUCCUUCCAAAUGGACAUUCGCCUCGCUCUUAGUUAUCUUUGGAGGUGCUGUGGGAUACGUUGCCACGGAUUCCCAAUUUAACGUUACCGCAUACUCCUGGGCGUUUGCAUACCUCGUGGUGAUUUGCACGGAGAUGGUCUACGUUAAGAAGAUGGUCACAGAUAUCGACCUCAACACCUGGGGUUUUGUCUUUUAUAAUAACUUAAUUUCCCUUCUGCUGUCUCCAAUCUUUUGGGUUCUCAUGGGUGAGUACAAAAUGCUUAUGGUAGGAGCACCUGCUUUCGAAAAUGGCUUUGUAAGCAUCUUUGCCGUAGGUUUGAGCUGCCUCUUCGGUGUGGCGAUCAGCUUCUUCGGAUUUUCGGCACGCAAGGCUAUCUCCGCCACAGCUUUCACGGUCACGGGUGUUGUGAACAAGCUCCUUACUGUCAUCGUCAACGUCAUGUUAUGGGACAAACAUGCUUCCAAUUUGGGGCUCGGAUCGCUCCUUAUCACCAUCGUUGGUGGUGUUCUGUACCAGCAGUCUACUACGAAGGCUCCGGCUCCGGCUCCGGCAGUUGUUGCAGCCAGUCCAAGCACUGAUACGGACGAGGAGAAAGGCUUGCUUCUCGGAGAUAGAUCUCCUGCUGAUGCGUCUGAUGAGAAGGAUGCUCCACAGAAGUAAAUUAGCUCCAACUGCUCCACUCUCGUCCACUUUUGCUACAGCUCAUUCAUUCAGAGGUUAUUGCCUCUCAUCCCCUCUAAUAGAGCUAUUACUGCACUCUUUCUCAGAUUUAUGGAUCCUUGAGUCUUCUGAGAUCGUGCGCAUCAGUUUAGAGUUUGCAUAUAUCUGCUUCCUGUUACAAGCAAUUACAAGCUUAUUCCAUUCAGAGUAGAUAAAUUGAUACCCUCGAGAUUAAGAGGGCCAUACGAUAGCAGCCAUGAACGGUUCACGACUUUUUGGCCUUAGAAUAGCCGGAAUAGAUCCGCCGCUGCUGAUUGUAAUCGUAGAGAUUAUUAGUGUUGGGAUAUAGAAGGGGUCAAGGUUCUCGUUGAUUUAUUUCGUGCAUUUGCACGCUAGUUGGUCUGGUAAGCAGAACAAGUCGUGGAAGAUGCCAUUUGUUCUACGGCAUGGUUCUGGGUUGGCCUCAGUGAAGACUGCAGCCAUUCAUGCUCCCGAGCAUCAUCUGAAGCUUUUGUAUCAAUUUUGUUGCAACUUCAAUCUCUUAUUAUCCUCCGUUAUAGUGAUAA